CAAGCUUGUGUUGUCCUGCUGCAGAAGAUUAUGUGCAACAGUCCAUUGUUUAUAUUAUUGUAGAAUCCUUUAAAUGAUGUGGUAAAGACUAUGGAAACAAGUGAUGCAGAUUGGAGUAACCUGAGUCUUGUUGACCGGGAUGACUCUGUACUAGGUGCCUUUCAAAAGCAAGAGGACUCUUCAUCUCUUGAUAACAGAUCUGAUCAAGGUGAUGAUGAGUUCACUAACUCGUUAGGAAUGUAUGAUGGUUAUGAUAGCUACAAUGAAAGUGGAGCUAGUACUGAUAAUGAAGAUGCGGAUGAAACUAUUUUGGAUGAUUUCUUAGAAAAUGAUGAAGCUAUUUCUAAAUACAGAUUUUUGAACAAUAAAGAUGGAAUGGCAACUUGUGAGCGCUGUGGUUCAGUUGGAGUAAAACAUGCAUUUUAUUCAAAAUCAAAACGUUUUUGUAGUCUUUCAUGUUCCAGAAGUUUUGCCACACAUCAGAGAGAAGGGAAGCCUCUCAGCUCUAAACUCAGCCUUCCUGCAGCUGUUAAAAAGGGUAAACCAGGAAGUAAAAAGUUGAAUUCUAAAAACCAAGGAUUGCAUAAAGCUUCAUUACGUGGUGAAACUGGUAGAGUGUUUGAUUGGGGUCCAUACCUUAUGAGCACUCAGACAAAUGCAGCUUCUGUUAUUUGUUUUAAACAUGUGCCAAUGCAUGAUUGUUGGGAACAAAUGAUAGAUGGAGUUCUGGUUGAGGUGCCUAAUACAGACCUUGAUAUUGGCAAAGAUAUAAAAGUAUACUGGAUAGCAACAGUAUUAAAAAUAUAUGGAUACAAAGCUCUUCUGCGUUAUGAAGGAUUUGGAACUGACUCAUCUAAAGAUUUUUGGAGCAAUUUAAUUUCAGAAGAUGUUCAUAAUGUUGGAUGGUGUGCUACAUAUGGGAAAAUUCUUGCUCCACCAAGAACCAUUAGAGAAAAAUAUUCAGACUGGAAGGAAUUCUUGAUCAAAAGAUUGACUGGUACACGUACCAUUCCACCUCAUUUUCACACCAAGUCUUUAGAAUGGUUAGAGGACCACAAAUUAAAAGUUGGAAUGCAGCUAGAGGUUGUGAAUAAAUUGUGUGUCUCUGCUAUGAGAGUGGCUGUCAUCAAGGAGAUCAUUGGCUGUCGACUACGACUAAAUUACUUGGAUAGCAAAGAUGAGAUAGAUGAGUUUUGGUGUCACAUGACAUCUCCUCUCAUUCACCCUGUGGGAUGGUCGCAGACAGUAGGGCAUAAACUUCAUGCUUCUCAAGAGUAUAUCAAUUCAUGUCUGAGUAAAAUAACAAUGCAGAAGUAUGGACCAAAUGAUGCUACUCCUGACAUGUUCCCAAAAUGUCGAGACCCACCACAUGGUUUGUCCUUUCAAGUUGGAAUGAAACUGGAAGCUAUUGAUCCAUUAAAUCUCUCUGCUAUCUGUGUGGCUACAGUUAUGAAGGUUCUUCGUAAUAACUUCCUAAUGAUUGGUAUUGAUGGUUCCAUGGCUGAGAAUGGAAGUGAUUGGUUCUGCUAUCAUGCUACAUCACCUUGUAUUUUUCCUGUUGGAUUCUGUGAAAUCAAUAAUCUUGAGUUGACACCUCCUAGAGGCACUAAAGGACCAUUUAAGUGGUUUGAUUACUUGAAACAGACAAAAUCAAUGGCAGCUUCUGUUAAGUUGUUUGAUAAGGAUAUUCCAAAACAUGGUUUCAGGCCUGGCAUGAAGGUAGAAGCUGUUGACUUAAUGGAGCCUAGAUUGAUAUGUGUUGCAACAGUGACUAAAGUGGUUGGAAGAUUGCUAAGAAUUCACUUUGAUGGUUGGGAAAACAACUAUGACCAGUGGAUAGACUGCCAGAGUCCAGACAUCUAUCCUGUUGGGUGGUGUGAAGUCAUGAAGCAUAGUCUUGAAGGUCCUAGGGCAAAGAUGGACAAUGUUCAAGGGAACUCUGCUGCAGCUAAUUCAAGGAAAAGAAAAGGAAAAACUCAGAUAUACAGAGGACCUAGAAAGAAGAGAAGCUCUGUAUCUGAUAAGAAAGCCAAAGACCCAUCUAAAAACUCUUCUUAUUCUGCCUUUGGGGCUUUGGGCAGCAGAUACCCACCCUCUAUGUCAUUGGCAACAAAGAGUGACCCAUCAUUCCCUCCACACAGAAUGCUGCCACCAGAGGCAGUGGCUGCCACUUUGCCACCAUUGUUGGAGCCUGACAUAGAUAUGAAAGUAAAAACAGAAGAGACCAUCAGUCCCACUCCAGCAUCUGAUGCCACUCCACCCAUACUAAGUCCUCUAGGCAAAAUUCCUCAAGGUUUCUCCCAAGAACUGGCAGAGCGCCUGAAAUCCACAACUCCGUUGAAAUCCUCCCUUAGCAGCUUGAAUAGUAGUAGCAUCCUUUCAGAGAAGGCUGCCAGGCCUGUUAAUAACUCAACAGCACCAGAGAAGGAGUCCAUGGAGUCCAAGUCUAACUGUAUUGUGUCUUCAUCCAUUGCUGGCUCUGGCCGCCCGGAAGAAUCUGGUGGUGUCAUUGUCCUAACAUUGUCCUCACGUCUAAGGUCACUUCCCUUGGGCAAAUGGAGUCUUUCAGAUGUUGUUGAUGUGUUAAAAGUCAAUGGCUGUGCUAUUUAUGCAACUAUCUUUAUUAAAAAGAAUAUUGAUGGUGCUAGCCUGAUGACAAUGUCUACCAAUCGCUUGACUGAACUGGUGUCAGUUGUGGAUGGUCCCAUUUUACGCCUCUGUGAUCUGGUGCAACAGGUUAAAGCCUGUGCUGCAAGCCUUAAGGAUGGAGGAGAAAUAAAGCACUCUUAGCUGGAAACCAAUUUUAAAUUAUUUAUUUAUUUAUUUAUGUUUGUAUGCUUUAACAUUUUGACAGGUCUUCAGACAAUAUCACCUAAGCUUUAUUCUAACAUGGAGAAAAUAGACUUUUUAUUUUGUAUACUCAUUUGGAAAUUAUUAAAGUAAAUUUGGCUGGGAUUUCUUAAAAUAUUUGUUUUUCCCAAUUAAGUUAAAUUGUGGUUAAAAAAAAAUUCCGCUGCCUUUUAAAAUUUUAAGAACUACCAUGUGAUUUUUUUUCUUGUUUUAAUAUAUUUGCAUUUAAAAAAUUCAAUCAAUUGUAAAUAAGUUGAUUUAUUAGUAAAUUGUGUUCAAGUACAUGUUUGGUCAUUAAACUAGACAAUAAGCAAUACAUUUACAAACUCGAAAACAUGCUGUGGCAGCUGUUGCUAAGUACAGAUAUAUGUAUAGGUUGAAAUGUGAUUCAUGGUCACUUCUAAAUUUGUACAUGUACAUCAUCUGUGUAUAUAUAUAUAUUUCAAGUGAACAAACAUGUAUUCCAGUUAAUGAUUUAUGGCUUAGAGCACUUUUGUGGUCAUUUGAGAAUGUAUUUUGUGAUAAUGUAUUUGUAUACACUACAGUUACUGUUUCUUUUAAAUUGUUGAUUUUGAAAUUCAGAUAUUAAAUAAUCAUUUACACAACAUGUAGGUGUUUGGCAUGUUAAACUAUCUAGGCUACUUUUUUAGAACCAGCAUUUUCCAUUGAGCAUCAUUCAUCUAGAUUUUAUAAAUAAGGAAGGUUGGGUGUUUAAAUAUUAAUAUGUAGGGAGGGGUAUUAAUUUAUUGUAAGAAAGCUCAGGUUAACAAUACCUAGUUGUACCUGUAUUUGGAAUUGUGUAAGAAGUUCUGUGCAACAUAACAUUUUUUUAAUGGACAGGUUUGGAUAAACUAUUCAAAUUACCUGUAUUUUACAUAUUUAAUAUUUUAACCUAAAUCAACAAUCUGCUAUACCUUUAAGGGAAACAAAAGAAACUCAAAAUUCAAAACAGUGAAAAAUAUUCAAACAUUUAUUAUCAAGAAACUACCAAUAAUGAUAUACUAUGGCUAUGACAUCAUGAAUCAAUGACUCAUUAUGUGAGUGCCUUAUCUUUUAUGGCCCAGUAGGUGUCAGUCUUUCUUAUGUACAUGGUUAAUGAAUGAAUGAUCAAUAAUGUAUCUAUUAUUUGUAUG